AUGAGUUCCUCUUCAAUUAUCUCGGAGCCUCCCAGGGUGCUUUUCAUCGAUGUGUUUGGCACCGUGGUGAACUGGCGUCUAACUGUCACCCAAACCCUACAGAAACGAGCCUCAGAAGUCCUCCAAUCCUCCACUGCCCAACUCUCCCCCACUCUGCGAAAAAGAGCAUCGACCACGGAUUGGGCCGCAUUCACCCAAAAGUGGAGAGAGGCUUACUAUCACUUCUGUGUGACCUAUGACCCUGCGAAAGUCAACGGCAGUCCAGGUGGCUACAAGACCAUUGACCAGCACCACCGCGAGAGCCUUUCCGACAACCUGGAGACUUUCAACCUGACCGGUCUCUGGUCAAAGGAGGAGCUAGAUGAGCUGGCCAUGGUAUGGCAUUACCUAGCACCAUGGCCCGAUUCCCCGCGUGGCCUUGAACUUCUGACGCAGAAAUUCAUCACCUCGAGUCUGAGCAACGGCAACGUGAGCCUCUUACAAGACCUAGCCACAACCGGUAACUUGUUGUUUACACACAUUCUCUCAAGCGAAAUGUUCAAAGCAUAUAAGCCGAAUCCGCUAGUCUACAAUGGCGCGGCGCAGCGACUUGGAGUACCGGCAAACCAAUGCGCGCUUGUGGCGGCGCAUUUGGCUGAUUUGGAAGGCGCCCGCCAGUGCCAGUUUCGGACGAUUUAUAUUGAUCGGGAGAAUGAGGAAGGGUGGAGCGCGGAGGAUAAAGAAAAGGCGAGAGACUGGGUAGAUCUGUGGGUGGAUGGGUGUCUGCAGAACGAAGAAGACGGGUUUGUGGAGCUCGCGAGGCUGCUUGGAAUUAUGAUCCACCAAAGCGAGAGGUGA